AUGAUUCGAGAAGACGAUCCCCAAUUUCGAAUUACUCCUUUUCAACAAAUGGCAUCAGCAUCUUCCGGUGCCCUUAUAACCUCGUUGUUCAUGACCCCAUUAGAUGUUGUAAAAAUAAGAUUACAAGCUCAACAAAAGGCGCUGCUUUCUAAUAAGUGUUAUUUAUAUUGCAAUGGACUUAUGGAGCACUUGUGUCCCUGUGGUGAGACAGCAUGGAUACCACGAAGAGUCCAUUUCCAUGGGACAAUGGACGCCUUUUAUAAAAUAACCAAACUUGAAGGAGUCACUGCUCUUUGGUCUGGCCUUAGUCCAACUUUGGCUUUAGCAUUACCAUGCACAGUGAUAUAUUUUGUUUCAUAUGAACAACUGCGAUAUAAAAUGAAAACAACAUAUAAUACAAUAACAGGAAAAAUGGGACAACCAAUGUGGAUACCGUUAAUAGCUGGUGCAACAGCCAGAACAACUGCUGUUACUUUAGUUAGCCCUGUAGAACUUAUUAGAACCAAAAUGCAAUCCAAAAAGCUUACAUACUCAGAAAUAACAGUAGCAUUACAACAAGUAUUAAAAUAUGAAGGAUUUAGGGGACUGUUUCGAGGUCUAGGCUCAACACUACUGAGAGAUGUACCGUUUUCAGGUAUAUAUUGGACAACAUUUGAAAAAACAAAAUUAGUUUUUAAUAAGCCAGAUUCAGAAAAGAACACAUUUUUAUUUAAUUUCUUCUGUGGAUCUGUUGCUGGUAGUGUGGCUGCCUUUGUAACAUUACCUUUUGAUGUCAUUAAAACGCACCAACAAAUUGAAUUAGGUGAAAAAGAAAUUUAUACUGAUGGAAAGACUCAACAGAGAGCAUCCAAUAUGAAAGACAUAGCAAAAGCAAUAUAUAGGAACCAUGGGAUAAAGGGGUUGUUUACUGGUUUCUUGCCGCGAAUAUUUAAAGUAGCACCAGCAUGCGCAAUCAUGAUAGCCACAUUUGAAUAUGGCAAACAAUUUUUCCAAAUAUACAACUCACAAAAAUAUAAGGAAAUGAUGCAGAGACAUCACCAAGAUAUUAUAAUAUUAACAUCCUACCCAAAAUCGGUGAAGUAA